CGAUAUCAUGUUAAUUUCAGUGCGGCUGGACUAACAUGGUGCAGUGUCAACAUUUUUCAUUCACACACGACUUCAUUUUUUCAAAAACUUCUGUAUCAAACCCUACUUGUCUCUCGCUCUUUGUUUGCCUACACGCUAUUCCACACAUACUAGGCUUCCCAUGAGUGAUUACGACACUCGUAACUCUGCGAGUCCAAAGAUGAAUCCCGAUCUCUCACGGGCCGGCACGCCUCUCGCGGAGCGCAGCAGGCCUAUCAACACCUCAAAGCCACCGGUAAGGCCAGUUUCGAUGAAGAUACCGACUAGACCCAGCACGUGCACGGCGAAAGACACACCGUAUGUGAACAAGCUCAAAAGUCUUUCGAGCUACAAAGUGACCAAACAGCUCGGCGAAGGGUCGUUUGGGACGGUGAAACAGGCAACAGACGACCGGGGCCGCUUAGUGGCGCUCAAGCAGAUGCUCCAUAAGAACAACAAAGACGGGUUCCCCGUGACAUCACUCCGGGAAAUCAACAUCAUGCGAAAACUCAAGCAUCGUAACGUGCUCAUUCUUAUCGAAAUGCUUUACGAGCCAGGUGACCCACUAAGAAAGACCACCGCGUCGUGGUUUAUGGCGAUGCCCUACAUGUCGCAUGAUCUUGCGGGGGUCUUAUCCAACCCGCGGAUUACCUUGGCAGUUCCCCAGUUGAAGACGCUCAUGAAACAGAUCCUUGAGGGCAUUCAGUACAUCCACGAGCAGCGAUUUUUCCACCGUGACAUCAAGACCGCCAAUCUUUUGCUCGAUUUCAAGGGUACGUUGAAGAUUGCUGACUUGGGGCUAGCUAGACCCUACAAGGGGCAUGUCCCCACGUUGAACUCUGGUCCAUCUGGUGGACAGGGACGCUACACAGGUCUUGUGGUGACGAGAUGGUACCGGCCACCGGAGCUCCUUUUAGGAGAGCGGAGUUACACCACGGCCGUAGAUUUGUGGGGAAUUGGGUGUGUGUUUGGUGAAAUGUACGAGAAGAAACCGAUUCUCAAGGGCCCAUCUGACAUUGAACAGGCAUACUACAUCUUCAACUUGGUUGGGGGUCCAACCGCGGAAAAUUGGCCCAGGCACAAGGAGUUGCCUGGAAACGAUGUGGACUUACACAAGGUCUACGAGCAGCCCACGCUCAAGAGACGUUUUGGUGCGUUGAUGGAUCCUCUUGCGAUAGACUUGAUGGAGAAAUUGCUCAUGUUAGAUCCGGUUAGACGUUUCAACGCGUUGGAUGCACUCAACCACAAAUGGUUCUCCACCGAGCCGUUGCCAUGUCUGGAAGAGUACUUGACGGGCUGGGAAGAGUCACAUGAACAGGACAAGAAAAAGUUUGAGGCUGAGGGCACUCAGACCCGUCCGACAGCCCCUCCGAUGACCAUCGUUCCUAGACCGCCAAAGACUGUGCCAAAGCUUCCCAGACCACCCCAGUCGCGAGAGCGGAUCCUGAAGGGUGGUAGUUCGUACAGGCCAGGUCUCGGGGAGCUUCCUAAACACCCCUAUCCGGAUGACCGUCGGAGGCCUCAGCCUGAAAAGAGACCAUUUUCCAAUCUGCUCUAUGACGACCCUCCAAGUAGGACCACCAGAGACAAAAGAGAGAGCCUCAAUUCCCGGAAUAGAUCUCCAAUGGUUGAAAGAGCCUCCUCGGCGAGGUUCACCCCUAUCGGGCCGCGGAACGGGAUCCCGACCGGCCCAGCCGGGCUCAGAAGAAGCGAGAGUCCGAGUCAGGCACCACCCCAGCGCUCCAAGACCUUGGAUAUCUCGUCGAUGCUCAACUCUGUAUCACAGAGCAUCAUGCAUAAGGAUGGGAGAAAGGACGAGGGUGAGAGCAAGAGACGGAGAGACGAGCCGGUUGCGAGUGAUAAUAAACAGAAAGAUCGCUGAAUCGUUUUUCUGGUCCAAGGCACAAAGGCUGUUACUAUAUUAGAAAGCAUGAUAGACUUAGUUAUUGCAAGCAAAGUUGGGGGAAAACGUGGACAGCUGUAGAUGUGAAUGUGGGCAUGUUCGGUAACACUAGAGUCGUAAAAACCAGGCAGAAAUUUCUUAAUACUGGUUUGAAGCGCCUACCCUCAGAACUAAGACUAGUCUUGGCCGGAUUUGUAUCCAAUUCACAGUGAACCAAGUAUGCUUUAAUAUAUUAACUAUCAGCUAUGUAUCUAAAAGUCUG